AUAGGCAGGGGUGCUAACAAGCAUACUCCUCAUAAGCUAAUAAGUUCAAUUCAACAAAAAUACUAAACAUGAAAGUAUAUAAAUUUUUAUUAAUACUAUCAUUUGAAUUUCUCUUCAUUUUUCUUGGAGAGUCAAGAUCAUCCUUAGCUGAUCAUAUCACUCAAUCAGAGAAUGAUAAUCAAGUUUAUAUUGUGUAUAUGGGAGCUGCUGAUUCAACUAGUGGUUCCCUUCGCAAAGAUCAUGCUUAUGUUUUAAACACAGUGUUAAGAAGGAACAAAAAGGCUCUAGUACACAACUACAAAUAUGGAUUCUCAGGCUUCGCAGCCUAUUUAUCGAAAGACGAAGCAAACUCAAUCGCGCGCCAACCUGGAGUUGUAUCCGUGUUCCCGAAUCCGAUUCUGAAACUUCACACAACACGUUCUUGGGAUUUUCUGAAGUUGCAAACUCAUGUUAAAAUUGAUAGCACGUUCGCUAAUUCUUCUUCCUCAUCGAACGUCGUAAUUGGCUUGUUAGACUCAGGUAUAUGGCCAGAAGCAGAAAGUUUUUCAGACAAUGGAAUGGAUCCUAUUCCAUCUGGUUGGAAAGGGACUUGCAUGACUUCAUCUGACUUCAACACAUCCAAUUGUAAUAGGAAGAUAAUAGGAGCAAGAUAUUACCUUGACGUUGGUGCAAAUGAUGACGGGACAAAUACCGUAAGAGAUGGACUUGGACAUGGAACACACACAGCGUCGACAGCGGCAGGGAGUGUCGUGAGUGGGGCGUCAUACUACGGUCUUGCGACCGGAGAAGCAAAAGGUGGCUCUCCUGAAUCGAGGUUGGCGAUUUACAAAGUGUGCUCUCAUGGAUGUUCUGGCGCUAGCAUUCUUGCAGCGUUUGACGAUGCAAUUUCCGAUGGAGUUGAUGUCCUUUCACUCUCCCUUGGUGGGUUUGCUACUCCCGAACCUGACUUGACAACAGACGUAAUUGCAAUUGGAGCUUUCCAUGCCGUGGAGCGAGGCAUCAUAGUGGUUUGCUCCGCUGGAAAUGAGGGACCCGAGAAGAGUACAGUUGUUAACGACGCUCCUUGGAUAUUAACUGUUGGUGCCACCACCGUUGACCGCAGUCUUCAAUCCAACAUCCUCUUGGGUAAUAACAAAGUUGUCGUGGGUCAUGGUAUGCAUUUCUCUCCUCUUUCAAAAUCUCCUGAUUAUCCAUUUAUAACCGGAGAGUCUGCCAAAGCAGCUAAGGCUGACUCAGCAGAAGCAAGACAAUGUCAUUCAAAUUCAUUGGAUAAGAAAAAAGUCAAUGGAAGCAUUGUCAUUUGUGAUGGCAUAAAUGAGACUGAUUAUUCAACCUUUGACAAAAUUUCUAUUAUAAAAGAAUUGGGUGGAUUAGGUCUUGUUCAUAUUACUGACCAAGAAGGAGGAGUGGACGAUAAUUAUGAAGACUUCCCAGCAACAAUUGUAAGACCAAAAGAUGAUGCCCCAAUCCUCCAAUAUGUCAAUUCAACAAGCAAUCCAAAGGCAACAAUUCUACCAACAAUUACGGUAUUAGAUUAUAAGCCUGCACCUAUGGUGGCAAUCUUUUCAAGUAGAGGGCCUUCAUCACUUUCAAAGAAUAUUCUCAAGCCUGAUAUUGCAGCACCAGGUGCUGCCAUUCUCGCAGCAUGGACCGGCACGCUUGAUGAUGAAAGUUUUGUUCCAAAAGGUGAAAAGCUCUCGCCGUAUAACAUUAUAUCAGGAACUUCCAUGUCAUGCCCCCAUGUUUCAGGCCUUGCAGGCAGCAUUAAAUCUAGAAAUCCAACUUGGAGUCCUUCUGCAAUCAAAUCAGCUAUCAUGACCUCUGCAACUCAAAUUGACAAUACGAAGGCUCCCAUUACGACGGAUUUAGGAUCCGUUGCCACACCUUAUGACUAUGGAGCAGGGGAAAUAACAGUAACUGAAUCAUUCCAACCAGGGCUAGUUUAUGAAACCACCACUAUUGACUACUUGAACUACUUGUGUUACAUUGGACUCAACACAACCACAAUUAAGAUUAUCUCUACAACUGUUCCGAAAAAUUUCAGCUGCCCCAAGGACUCUACUCCUGAUCAUAUUUCCAAUAUCAAUUAUCCUUCCAUAGCAAUUUCCAAAUUCACUGGUAAAGAAAUUGUGAAUGUGAGUAGAACUGUUACAAAUAUCGGUGAAGAGGAUGAAACAGUCUACUCUGCUAUCGUCGAUGCUCCCAACGGAGUGAAAGUUCAGUUGAUUCCAGAGAAACUUCAAUUCACAAAAAGUAGUAAAACAGUAAGUUACCAAGUUGUUUUCUCAUCCACUUUAACCUCAUUGAAGGAAGAUCUGUUUGGAUCGAUAACUUGGAGUAAUGGUAAACAUAGCGUUCGAAGUCCUUUUGUAUUAACUGUGUAGCUAAGUGAAAAGAAAUGUAAAUAAAUACAAGCUGAGUUCUUGUAGAUGUGUACUCUUGAGAAACGUAAAUAAUUACAAGCUAUGUUCUUAAA